CAAGACGGCCACGCCACUCUUACUCACAGCAGCCCCGGCAGCGUGAACACCUCGUGGAGCGGCUGCCAGUCAGACCUCUCUCUCCACCAGAGCCCCGCCAGAGCCAGAGCCAGAGCCAGAGCCAGAGCAGGGAUGUCGGGGGUGAAGAAGCGAAGCUCCGGCUCCUGCAGCAGCAGGGAGAGGGAGGACGACCCGGGGGCCUCGGAGAGGAUGCUGACCUCCUCCUCCAGCUGCAGCCCGGCCCCGGGGGAGCAGGGCGCCGGGGUGGCCCUGCAGAGGAACAUCACGCUGCUGAACGGCGUGGCCAUCAUCGUGGGCACCAUCAUCGGCUCGGGCAUCUUCGUGACGCCCACCGGCGUGGUGCGGGAGGCGGGCUCGGCCGGGCUGUCGCUGGUCAUCUGGGCGGUGUGCGGGGUCUUCUCCACGGUGGGGGCGCUGUGCUACGCCGAGCUGGGCACCACCAUCAGCAAGUCCGGGGGGGACUACGCCUACAUCCUGGAGGUGUACGGCUCUCUGCCGGCCUUCCUCAAGCUGUGGAUCGAGCUGCUCAUCAUCCGCCCGUCCUCGCAGUACAUCGUCGCCUACGUGUUCGCCACAUACCUGCUGAAGCCGCUGUUCCCGGUGUGCCCCGUGCCGGAGACGGGCGCCAAGCUGGUGGCGUGCCUGUGCAUCCUCCUGCUGACGUUCGUGAACUGCUACAGCGUGAAAGCGGCCACCAGAGUGCAGGACUUCUUUGCUGCGGCCAAGCUGCUGGCGCUCGCUCUCAUCAUCAUUAUCGGCUUCGUCAAACUUGGCCAAGGUGGUGUGGAGGAGCUUCUUCCAGAGAAUUCCUUCAAGAGGUCCAACUAUGAGUUUGGCAACAUCGGGUUGGCCCUCUACAGCGGCCUGUUUGCCUACGGAGGCUGGAAUUACUUGAAUUUUGUUACCGAGGAAAUGAUUGAUCCUUACCGAAACCUUCCUCUAGCCAUCAUCAUCUCCCUACCCAUAGUGACAGUGGUGUAUGUUCUGACCAACUUGGCAUAUUUCACCACCCUCACCCCGGAUCAGAUGCUCAACUCGGAGGCUGUCGCUGUGGACUUUGGAAACUACUACCUGGGCCCCAUGGCGUGGAUCAUCCCGGUGUUUGUGGGGCUGUCGUGCUUCGGAUCGGUUAACGGCUCUUUGUUCACCUCAUCCAGGUUGUUCUUUGUGGGUUCCCGGGAAGGACACCUGCCCAGCCUGCUGUCAAUGAUCCACCCCACUCUGCUCACGCCGCUCCCCUCACUUUUAUUCACUUGUUUGAUGACGCUGCUGUACGCCUUGUCCAACGACAUCUUCUCCGUCAUAAACUUCUUCAGCUUCUUCAAUUGGCUGUGCAUCGCCUUGGCGAUCAUUGGAAUGAUGUGGCUUCGGGUCAAGAAACCGGAGCUGGAACGACCGAUCAAAGUGAACAUCCUGCUGCCAGUGAGCUUUGUGCUCGCCUGCUUCUUCCUCAUCAUCGUGUCUUUCUGGAAGACUCCGAAGGAGUGCGGCAUCGGCUUCGCCAUCAUCGGCACGGGCCUGCCCGUCUACUUCAUCGGCGUGUGGUGGAAGAACAAACCCAAGUGGAUGCUCAAUGGAAUCUUCUGGACGACGGCCUGGUGUCAGAAGAUCAUGGAGGUCGUGCCUCAGCAGUAAUAAAAGCCCUCACCUUUUACUUCAGCCAGUAGCCAAUCAGAUUGCACCGAAAGUGACCUCUGGGCUCUGACAUCACAACUGAAGAAGCUUGACCUCUGUUGGCAUCUUUCACUCCACCCCAUCCUCACAGACGCACACACACACACCUUGUCUGUAGCGGGCUGAUAAGGACCCGACGAAUUGUCUUUUUUUUUGUCUGCAACUAUUUCUCUGUUUCUUAAGUUACUGACAUUUUUGAGUCAUUUGUUCUUAUUUUAGGCACUACUGUUAGUAGUUAUGUAUGGGUUGUUGUUUUUACAAAUAUUUUCUUUGUUUUAUGUGAUUGAUCCGCUUGUCUCUGAAGGAACUGGACUGAGGCAAGUGUUCGUGAGGAUUG